UUUUUUCCUAAAGUCCCCCCCAAAAAAAGUCUAAGAUUUGGGUUUAUUGGGUUACAGUGUGGCAACAUGGCGACUGUCAUUCACAAUCCACUUAAAGCUCUCGGAGAUCAGUUCUAUAAGGAGGCCAUCGAGCACUGUCGCAGCUACAACACCCGCCUGUGUGCCGAGCGCAGCAUCCGAAUGCCCUUCCUGGACUCGCAGACGGGCGUGGCUCAGAACAACUGCUACAUCUGGAUGGAGAAGCGACACAGGGGGCCAGGACUGGCUGCGGGUCAGAUGUACACCUACCCCGCCCGCUGUUGGAGAAAGAAGAGGCGACUGCAUCCACCAAUCGACCCUCAGCUCAGACUGUGUGAACUCAGGCUUGAAGCCGAGCUGAAGAGAGAGACUCCCCCAGCCGAGGCCAUGGCUCUGGAGGCUCUGAUUAGAGGAGACACUCUUUUGGACAAAAGAAGCAGCAGCUCCAAGGAAGAAGAAACCCUGCUGGAGAUUCAGAGGGUGCUGGAGGCUGAGGAAAAUGGAGACGGUUUCCAUGACGACGAUGAGUUCGAAGUGGAGACGCCGAAGAGGAAACAGAGAAAUAAAGGCAGGGGUCGAGGUUCAAGCCGUAGGAAGACGGAGACAGUGACGGGGGACGAUCAGGACAAACCCUACGUGUGUGACAACAGAUACAAAUUAAAGCAUAACUCAAAAAGUGCUGACUCAGUUUGUGGUAAGCGUUAUAAGAACCGGCCCGGUCUGAGCUACCACUACACCCACACACACCUGGCUGAGGAGGAAGGAGAGGAGGAGAGAGAACCUGAGAUCCCUCAAUCACCACCGGAAAAUAAGACUCAAAACCACAAGUUGCAGAAGGGACCUGACAGUGGAGUCAUCGCUAAUGAUUACUGUGACUUCUGUCUCGGGGACUCGGGCUCUAACAGGAAGACUGGCCAAGCCGAGGAGCUGGUGUCAUGUUCGGACUGUGGACGCUCAGGUCAUCCGACGUGUCUCCAGUUCACAGAGAACAUGAUGGCGGCGGUCAGGACGUACCAGUGGCAGUGUAUCGAGUGUAAAUCCUGCAGCUUGUGUGGAACCUCUGAGAACGACGAUCAGCUCCUGUUCUGUGAUGACUGUGAUCGGGGAUAUCACAUGUACUGCCUCAAACCUCCCAUGACUCAGCCACCUGAAGGAAGUUGGAGCUGCCAUCUUUGUUUGGACUUACUGAAGGACAAAGCGUCUGCUUUUGGAGAAGCGUAAAGAGCGUCCUCCUUCAUCACACACACACACACAUCCUCCAUCAUCUUAUCUCUACACCACACAUCACACACACAUAUCACACACACACACACACACACACUCAUCCCACACACACAUAUCUCACACACUACCCACACUCAUCAUACACUCACACAUACUACACACUGAUCCCACACACACACACACUCAUCCCACACACACAUAUCUCACACACUACCCACACUCAUCACACACUCUUCAAACACACACAUACACACACUCAUCCCACAGACACACUACACACUCAUCACACUCAGCCAACACACACACUACACACUCAUUACACACACACACAUGCACUCAACCCACACACACUACACACUCAUUACACACACACACAUGCACUCAACCCACACGCACUACACACUUAACACACACACAUACUCAACCCACACUACGCACUCAUCCCACACACACUCGUCCCACACACACUCAUCCCACACACUACACACUCGCCCAACCCCCCCCCACACACACACACUCAUCCCACACACACACAUCUCACACACACAUGCACUACACACUCAUCACACACAAACACUUAUCACACACACACACACCAAAGACAACGAUCCCACACACACAAACAGCACACACACACCACAUCACCAUCCUCCACUGUCUUCCAUCAUCUCAUCUCUACACACACACACACACACACACACACACGUCCUGCAGAAGUCUACCUCACAACUCCAAAAUAAAUAAAUAAAGAGCUCCAGAGGUCAGGAGAAACCAGAAGGAAAUCCAGCUGCACAGAUCUCCACACUCAGAUCUCAGAGAACAUCUGCUUUAAAUCAUUUCACACUAAAAAGAUCCAAAUUAUUAUUUUUAAAUCAUUGUAUUUUAAUGCACUCGAUUUUUAUAUAUAUAUAUAUUUCGAGAACUGUCAUUUUAAAGACGCUUCAGUUUCACAACACACUGAACUCACCUCACAUCUGUUCAUUAGCCUUAAACUCCGCCCACUUUAAAAAAAAAAACUUAUUAAAAAACCAACCGGUGAUUUAUUUCAACUAAACCUCAGUGUUAAAGGCAGAAAUAUUACAAACCGCCCCUUUAAAUUCUAUACACACUUUAAACACACUAUAUUGCCAAAAGUUUUGGGACACCUGCCUUUACAUGCACAUGAAUGUAAUAUGGAGUUGUCCCGCCCUUUGCAGCUAUAACAGCUUCAACUCUUCUGGGAAGGCUUUCCACAAGGUUUAGGAGUGUGUUUAUGGGAAUUUUUGACCAUUCCUCUAGAAGCACAUUUGUGAGGUCAGGCACUGAUGUAAGAUGAGAAGGUCUGGCUCUCAGUCUCCACUCUAAUUCAUCCCAAAGGUGUUCUAUGGGGUUGAGGUCAGGACUCUGUGCAGGCCAGUCAAGUUCCUCCACACCAAACUCACUCAUCCAUGUCUUUAUGGACCUUGCUUUGGUCACUGGUGUGCAGUCAUGUUGGAACAGGAAGGGGUCAUCCCCAAACUGUUCCCACAAAGAGCAUGAAAUUGUCCAAAAUGUCUUGGUAUGAAGCUGAAGCAUUAAGAGUUCCUUUCACUGGAACUAAGGGGCCGAGUCCAACCCCUGAAAAACAACACCUGAACUCAAUGAUAUGGAGGGGUGUCCCAAAACUUUUGGCAGUAUAGUGUCUCAUAAUAGAUAUCUCAAAAUCUAGCAGAUUUGGAUUUCAGACAUGAUUAAAGUUGUUGUAUUGUUGUUUAGUGUGUAGAUUAGUGAUAAUGUUCCCCCUGCUCUUUUCUCUUCCCUCAUCAUGUAUAUAUAUAUAUAUCUAUAUUAGCGUCUGGCUUUGUGUCCGGAUUUCUUCUCGCUCCUCGUCUCCUCUCCUUCCUGCUCCGUUUUCUAUAAUGCAUUAGAAGCUCUAUUUUCAGAGCCGAUUCAUCAAGAGCGCUCUUCACAUCUGCUGAAUAUUUUAUUUCUUCCUGGCAAAAGACUCCAACAGACAAUGCAGUUUGAAAGUUUUUCAAAAUGGCCGACUUGAGAAGCAGACACUAUGUUAGUAGAGAUUUUUUUAUAAACAAUUUCCUGUUUUUUUCCCUUCUUUCUGUGGUUUGUUUCUUGUUGCUUUUUCUCUGUUUAUGUUUGUUUUUUUUUUUUGUAAUUUUGCAGGUUAAUAAAAUAAAAGUGAAAAAAAAAUGAUGGAUGU